AUGUCCAACUCUGCAUCCACCCCUCAAACACUUCCUGGAUGGGCGACCGAUACCGGCUUCGUAUGGCCGACCGACGCUGAGAGCGCCCAGCGUCUGCUCGAUCAGCAAGAAUAUCGCUGUCAUGCCAUGGUCGAGUUUCGCCCCAACCCGCAACAGAACUACCUCACCGCGACGAUUAUGAACAACGACCUGGAAACGUUUAUGCCCGUCCUCGAGUACAUCUUCGAGCAGUCGGUCGAGUGUGGCGGCCCAUGGGACAUUUCGCUUCCCCCCCUCCUCAACGCCUUGGACGACCUCGCGCAGCCCGUCGACCUAAGGGACCUCUACCACCACAAGGACGCCGUCCUUCAAACCCAAAGGUACCAAUGGGUCCCGAAGUCGGGGAUGUCGGCCCCCGUCCCAAACCCAAAGGGCGAAUGGUGGGAGAUCCUCCGUCAGCCGGCGCUUGACCGUGCCAGGCACCACGAGCUGUUCUCGUCGUCGUCGUCGUCGGCCGCGUCCGGGUCAGGUGCCUCGGCAUCGGUCGCUCGUUCNGCGGGAUCGUCGCU